UUUAGAUAUUCUUUCCAAUUUGUCUUUCUUCUUUUUUAAUUGGCCGUAUGGGAAAUGAACUCUUGUAGUUCAGCAUUUGUCGAUGGAAGAUGGCGAACUAAAAGAGUCUCGAGGGCCCUAUCAUUUUUAAGGUACACAAUAUUUUUGUGUUCGUUUCUAAUUUGGCUUCAGCGAGAGGCUAAAUAGCAAUAUAACAAGCAAUUGACAAGUUCAAACGUCUACAUCGCAAACUUUAGAGAAAUAUCAUUUCCAUUAUUUUCUUAUUAAUCUUUGACGAUACAAGGAGAUGUAGGUGUCCAAUCCUGUAUGGUUAAUAUAUCCAAUAAGGAAUAAACAAUGGAGAUGAAAUUACAUUCUCACUGACGUAUUUACGCGUAGGGAAAAAAGGAGAUGAUAUGUCAAAUUUAUGAAAUUCCAACCAAGAUCCACUCCUAAAAUAACAACUUUAUUAACGAAACUGUUUAUCUAGACUACUCAAUUGCUGGUAUAUCAUGACAGACGCUACUCUUGAUUUGGAACAAAGUGCUCCAUUGUUAGCAGAGGGCACUAAUGAUAGUGAAUCCCCUAUCUUUGACACUUUUUGUCCUAAUCCAAGACAAACUUUAAGAAUUUGUUUGAAUUUAAAGAAGUUAAUUGAUAAAGUUGUUCCAAUUGUAUUUGAUGAAGAAGAUAUCACUUCAUCUAACUCGCCUAUUCUUAAUGCCAACAUCAUUGAUUUAGUAUAUGAAGCUGCUGGUGGGAAAGGUAAUGGUAAAACAGGUACCACGUCACAUAAAUAUCGUGCUACCCUCGUGUUUUGUUUACUUCGAGUCUGCGGCUGGUAUUGGCAAUUAGCUGAAUUUGAAUUAAGUGAUAAUGCAUUGUUCUUACUCAGAGCCAAGACUUCUGAGAUUUUAGCCGCUAAAGUGAUUGACUCCUGUGAUAAUGAUGAAUAUCUCUUUCUUGGAUUAUUAACUCAUAGAUAUUCCAUCAAUUUAAAUGGUAUUGAUGCUACUCCAGUUAGUGCUUUAGAAUUAGCUGUUGACAUGCACAGUACCACUGUCAUUGGUGCAGCUGGUUAUCAACGUUGUAUUAAAUGGCUUUGGAGAGGUUGGAUUAUUCAAUCAUCUACCGACCCACAUGCUUAUGUCAUGUAUAAAGGUGCUGCAUCACAUUUAAUUAGAACUCAUUUUGAUCCAGAAAGAGUUAAAACUCCUUUAUACCAAAAUAUUUUAGAAAUCCUUGUUAGUAUCGGUUAUUUAAUUUUAUUUACUAUAAUUUUAAAUGGCCAUCAAAAUACAACUGAUCAUUUCGAUAUUCCAGAAGUAUUGUUCUUUUUGGUAACUUUAGGUUCAGUUUUAGAUGAACUUGUUAAAUUCUAUCAUGUUGGAUAUUACUAUUUAGGCUUUUGGAAUGCCUUCAAUGAUGUCAUGUAUACCAUUAUUUUCACUUCCAUUGGGUUCAGAAUUGCCAGUGUAAACACUACAGCACCAAGUAAAGAAAGAUAUGAUGAAAUCGCAUUUAGAAUCCUUUCCUGUGCUGCUCCAUUCAUGUGGUCAAGAUUAUUAUUAUUCUUAGAUGCUCAACAAUUUGUUGGGGCUAUGAUUGUUGUUAUUAAAACUAUGAUGAAAGAAUCAAUCUAUUUCUUUGUGUUGUUAUUCGUGGUUAUUAUUGGAUUUUUACAAGGUUUCCUUGGUUUAGAUGCUUCUGAUGGUAAAAGUGAAGCAACUCUUCGUAUUUUAAUUUCAUUAGUCAAAGCUAUUAUUGGUGAAUCAAGCUUUGAAGAUGUUGAAAAAUUAGUUCCUCCGUAUGCAUCUGUUCUUUAUUACGUAUACUCAUUUGUUUUAACAGUUAUCUUGAUGAAUAUUUUGAUUGCUUUAUAUUCAACUGCAUAUGCUGCUAUUGUUGAAAAUGCAACUGAUGAAUAUUUUGCUUUAGUUGCUCAAAAGACAUUAAGAUAUAUCAGAGCUCCAGAUGCAAAUCUUUAUGUUCCACCUUUUAAUUUAAUCGAGUUUUUGAUUACUCCCUUAGGUUGGAUAUUACCAAGAAGCACAUUCAAGACCUUAAAUUAUUUUAUAAUGUUGAUUAUCUAUGCUCCAUUAUUAGCUUAUAUUACUCUGGAUGAAUUAGCUAAUGCCAACAGAAUUGAAUAUAACAGAUAUAAAGGAUUAGCUGAUGAUGCUAAUGAAUAUGAUGCUGAAUGGGACUUAACUGAUGGAUUCUCGACUGAAUUUGAUACUAUCCAAGAAAGAAAUCAAGAAGUUAGUCAAGAUUUAAGAAUUCAAAGAGAAGGUGAAGAUCAAGAUCCAGAAUUUAGAAUUGAUUACAAAAAGUUUGAUGAUGAUAUUAAUAAAGCAAUCAAACCUGUUGAAGAAGCUAGUCGUUUAGGUAUAAAAUGGGAAUUCUAUGAAUUAUAUUCAAAGAUUGAUAAAUUGACCACUUUAGUCGAAGCGGUUGUUACUGAAAAUCAAGAAUUAAAAAAGAAACUUGCUGAAAAGUAAGCUUUUGAAACAAAUCAUGAUGGAGUAGAUCUAUAUCUACUGACAUCGAUUUCUGACAUCGAUUAUACCUUUUUUUUAUAUAGUUAUCUAAGACUCUCUUGAUUAAUAUACAUUUUAAUCUUCUGCUUUAGUCGGCAAAUCGGGAAAUAGAGUUAUAUGCAGUUCGUCAAGCAAGAUGGGGUGUCGGACUUGGAACAAACACUGUUAGGAACCAUCUAACCGUCUUAUUACUGGUUCAUGCAGUCCAUUGAGCAAGUAUCAUCUAUGUUUACGUGUAUUCUAAUGGAUAAAUAGCGUGAACCUAUAACCAACAUAUAGUCCAAGAAAAUGGUGAUAAUUUUAACCAAGUGUGUGCAAAAACCAAACGUCUAACUACUACCAUACAAAAAAAAUUUUUUGUUUUUUGCUGUAAAC